AUGCAAAAUAAAGCAAAUGAUAAAAAUCGUCUUAACGAAGUAGACAUAACUGCACGUAAACAUGAACAACUCCAUGAAGUGCAACGUCCAAAUCCAAUUGAUUUAAGUGGUACUGAUGUAAUAUUAACACGUUAUGAAAGUUCAAUAGAUUCACCACAUUUAUUAAGUUAUUUAACAUUACGUAGUGUUAAUUUAAUUAAUACAUCAUUUUUAAAUACAAAUAUUGAAGAAGCUGAUUUUAGUGGUUCACCACUUCAUUUCAUUUCAUUUUUAUUUAGCUUAAAUCUAACCAGGGAAACAGGAAAAGCUCCCGGCUUGUAA